AUCAACAUAUCAAAUCCGCCAUUGCCAACUCACCUUUUAAUUCUCUUCUUCUCUUUCUCCCAUGGCAAAAUAAACUGAAGAGGAAGCAGAAGAAGAAGCAGGUAGAGAGAGAUGGGGGGAGAAGAAGAGGCGACACUAGAGUACACGCCAACGUGGGUGGUGGCUGUGGUGUGUAGUGUGAUUGUGGCUAUUUCCUUGGCCGUCGAGCGUCUCCUUCAUUGUCUUGGACAUGUUUUGAAGAAGAAGCACCAGAAACCCCUUUUUGAAGCCCUUCAAAAGGUUAAAGAAGAACUUAUGCUGUUGGGUUUUAUAUCGCUAUUGAUGACGGUAUUCCAGCGUGCAAUUUCAAAAUUUUGUGUGCCAAAGUCAUUGGUUACUAAUAUGCUUCCUUGCAAACUUAACCAAGAAAAAAAAGACAGCUCUGGUGCUACUACAACCUCACACUUCCAGACCUUUUUUGCUUCUUCCUUUCCUGGGCCUGUUAGGCGCUUUAUGUCUGAACAUUCGGCUGCACAAGAGAGUUACUGUUCCCAUAAGGGUUGA